AUGUCAGUGACACAGUUUCCACCACUUCUCUCAGAGGAUGAUUGUCAAAAAUACAGAGUUCCAUUGAAAUGGAGAGAUAGAUGUGCUGCAUAUUUUGCUUUAUACCAGACAUGUCUAAUAAGGCAAAGUGCCAAUGGCUCAGUGAGUUGUAAGCACGAUAAACACUCAUGGGAAGAAUGUGAAAACUUGGAUUUGAUUAGAAGAAAAGAGGAGUUGAAAGUUGCCAAGGAACAGAGGAAAGAAGAAUUGGCAAACGCCUAA